AUGAUAAAUCUGAAUGAGGAAUAGAAAAUACAACAGAACAAACUAGUCAAUAUAUUUGGGUAGCAUGCAAAAUAAGCAGUUAUCAUCUUCAUUAUGAAUGCACUUUUAAGAGUUUAAGAAAACGAUACCUUCUUUAUGUCCAUUACCUUGUAUUUAACCAUCAUAAUGUUUCUAUUUAAUUGUGUGGCAGCAGUAUUCCUGUUGUGUUUUAAGAGAGAAUUUCCAAAGAUUGAAUACUUCCUAAUAUACACUAUGAAUGUCUUCAUGUUUAUAAUUCUCCUUGUGUAUUCACUCAAUUACUUUAUCCAAAAAAAGGAAUAAGACCAUCUGCUUCAAUUGUACUUAAAAACCUACAUCAUGAUAUUGUUGGGCAAGGAAAUAGAAAUACUGAUAAUCAAAAUAUUCCCAAUUGAAUUAACGAAUAGAUCAGUUAAUUGUUUCACUUCAUGUAUAAUCGCUAUGAUGAUUUUAUCUCAUGGAGACAAUUAUGAAUGCCAAAACAAAUACUCAAUGGUUCUUUUAUCACUCCUCCUUUCAAAUAUUCUGACAUCCAUAUUCAAUAUAGUUUUCACUCUCAUUCUCUUUAAUCAAAAUAGAUCUUAGAAGGAAUUAAGAAACUUUGCUGACUUGCUUUUGACAGUCCUAUUCCUAGUACAUCUUGCUUAAUAUGUACUGGUCUUUAUUAAAACCAAUGCCAUAAUUGAAUAAGAAUGCUAGUGUUUGAGUUUUAUAUUUCAAUUCUAGAAAUAUGUUGCUCCAAUUAAUUUCAUUUCAUUCUUGUUUGUGAUCUAUUAGGAGGUGUAUUAUUUCAAAGAAGCAAUCAAAUAUCAAGAAUUGAUUGAAAAGAACACACAACAUAACAAUAUGUGUAAUACUAUUCAAUUAAUUAAAUUAGACAGCGGAGGCAUUUAGAAUUAAUAACCAUUCAAAUAAGGAGUUAGGCAUUCCAUUAAAAGUCUCAGUUCUGUUGUCAACCCAAUGGAGGCUAGUCAGAGUAAUUCCCAAGCUCCAAACUUUGGAACGUAUGCUAUUUAAGUUAAUUAGAGUGAUAACCAAGGAUAAAAACUAGAGAAAAUGGGAACUAGUCAAUUUGGAGCUUCUUAACAUAAUUAAGGUAUGUAACACUCUUGGGCUAAUGUUUAAAACCCUAAUCCCUUUGGUACAAUUGUGAAAGAAUAGCAAGACAGCAUUGAAAAUCAAAAAAGGGGAAGCAAAUCUGUUGAUGAAAGCUUAAUUCGUUAAGAAGAGUCUCAGAUUCCUGAAAAUCUGUCUCAAGUCAAUAAUCCUAUGGAAUCUGGUAGUGUAGUUACUAUUCAUUGA